AAAGCUGGACUGCUCCAUCAGACUCGCCUCCUCGGCCGCUAUCUGUUUGUUGUGUUAGGGUUUCGUCUCGUGUAUAAGGCGUUCGGAGCUCGCAAAUCCUUUCCUCUCUCGCGUUCGAGGCUAGGUAGCCGUCACCAUGAGCCGCUCGGGGCAGCCUCCGGAUCUCAAGAAGUACAUGGACAAGAAGCUUCAGAUUAAGAUGAAUGCAAACCGUGUUGUUAUCGGCACACUUCGUGGGUUCGACCAGUUCAUGAAUCUGGUGGUGGACAACACUGUGGAGGUCAAUGGAAAUGACAAAACAGAUAUUGGAAUGGUGGUUAUCAGGGGAAACAGUGUUGUAAUGAUCGAGGCACUGGAGCCAGUUGCGAGGUCACAGUGAAUCAUUGUUCUUUAGCACUAGCAGCGUGAAAACUGAUGUAAAAGAUAUCAGUGGACCCUGUUGUAUUUGACUAAUGCUUUUGCACAGCAACAUAACUUCGGAGGUGGAAUGUCUAUCCCUUUUUCUAUGGGAUGCUUGUAGCUAUACAAUCAUCGAGCUCUUAAAUUACAUGAUCUAACGCAUGCUCAUCGAGCUCUUAAAUUA